CAACUCGGCCGAGGUCGCUCAAAGGUGGGGGAUAAAAAGGGUGAUAGUGACACAAGAAACCAACAAUGUCCUCCCCCAAUUCCCUAUUUCUGUACAAGAUCGUCCCCAAGUCGCAAGCUAAACCCAUCAUGAGCUUCACCCCAGAGCCGUACGACCCCAGCACCGCCGACUCAUGGCUCGUCUGUGACACCUGCGGGACUCAAUUCCCAACGUCUGACCGCAGCGCCCUAAAGACAUGUCACAUCUGCGAUGACCCGCGCCAAUUCGUGCCAGCGUCUGGACAGUCGUUUUCUACGCUGGGAGAAUUGAAGAAGAAGCAUAAAAACGAAUGGACAAAGUGCCCUUCUGAUGAGAACAUCACGUUUAUCUCGUCGCAGCCGAAAUUGGCGAUUGGGCAGCGUGCUAUUCUUAUCAAAACGCCAGAGGGCAAUAUUCUCUGGGAUUGCAUCACGUUGCUGGACGAUGAGACUGUUGAGAGGAUCAAGAGCGAGGGAGGGUUGAAGGCGAUUGUUAUAAGCCAUCCGCAUUUCUACAGCACCCAUGUCCAAUGGGCCCGCGCAUUCAAUUGUCCAGUCUAUCUCGCCGCCGAAGACAAAAUCUGGACAACCCUCUCCUCCACGCACCAAAUCUUCCUCACAGCCCUCGAAACGCCCAUAAUCUCCAGCGCAAAGGCCAUCAAGCUAGGCGGACACUUCCCGGGCUCGAUGGUGCUGCACUACAACUCGCGGCUGUUCAUAGCUGACACGCUCAUGACGACGGCGUCGGGCGUCGGGAACUGGAGCGUAGACGCCACGGGGGCAUCGCGGACCCGACCGGCUGGGCUGAACUCUUUCUCGUUCCUGUGGAGCAUUCCGAACUUCAUUCCUCUCGGGGUCGGGGAGAUGGCGAGGAUGUGGGGGGUCCUGAAGGGGUAUGAGUUUGGGGCUACGCAUGGUGGAUUCAUGGGGAUGGAUAUUGAGAGUGAGGAUGUCAAGGGGAGGGUUUUGGAGAGCAUGAAGAUACAGGCUGGGUUUAUUGGGGAUAAGGAGUUUGAGGAGAAGCUGUGAUGUGUGAGUGUUCUUGCUUUUGCUUUGUUGGAUAUCAGGUAUGAGAGAUGAGACACGAGAGACGCGAGACGAGAGACGAGAGAUGAUAAUGAUGCCGUUCAAUUAAAAAUAUGUAAAUAAAUAAAUCAGGGCCAUUCUGAUAUCUGGGUAUCGAUCAAGUUUUUAACACGCAUCCAACUCCUACUCAUGCAUCUCAGUUCUUCUAUCCAUCAACGCCAUAAAUCGCAACACAAGUAUACAAAGCUCAGUCCUUCUUCCAGAACUUCCACUUUUGCUUCGUCGGCGACGAUGGGCAUAGAUGACGGUUCAGUAGCUCACGACCCUCAUCAGGAAGAUCGAUAACAGAUUCAUUGAGUGUAUCGAUAAUAAAGCGAUUCGCUGCAAAGAAUUAGCAUCAAUUCAACACUGAGACGAGAACAAGGAACUUACGCAUCAAGUCAAUGCCGCAUUCUCCAGCAUCAACAGCCAUAUCGAU